GCUCCGCCCCCUCCCCGCCGGCUCCCGCCGCUCCCGGCGCUCCGAGCGCGGGCCUGGGGACACAGGAUCCCGCCGCCGGGGCCGCAGCAUGGGGCGCUUCCGCGGGGGUCUGCGGUGCAUCAAGUACCUGCUGCUGGGCUUCAACCUGCUCUUCUGGCUGGCAGGGUCAGCUGUCAUUGGUUUCGGACUAUGGUUUCGGUUCGGAGGUACCAUGAAGGACUUCUCAUCGGAGGACAAAUCCCCAGAGUAUUUCUACAUGGGGCUGUACGUGCUGGUUGGAGCAGGGGCCCUGAUGAUGGCCGUGGGCUUCUUCGGGUGCUGCGGAGCCAUGCGGGAGUCGCAGUGUGUGCUUGGAUCUUUCUUCACCUGCCUCCUGGUGAUAUUUGCUGCUGAAGUAACCACUGGAGUAUUUGCUUUUAUAGGCAAGGGUGUAGCUAUACGACAUGUUCAGACCAUGUACGAGGAGGCUUACAAUGAUUACCUGAAAGACAGGGAAAGGGGAAAUGGGACUCUCAUUACCUUCCACUCAACAUUUCAGUGCUGUGGAAAGGAAAGCUCUGAACCGGUCCAACCCACAUGCCCAAAGGAGCUUCUAGGGCCCAAGAAUUGCAUUGAUGAAAUUGAGGCCAUAAUCAGUGUUAAGCUCCAGCUCAUCGGAAUUGUUGGUAUUGGGAUUGCAGGUCUCACGAUCUUUGGCAUGAUAUUCAGCAUGGUGCUUUGCUGUGCAAUACGAACCUCACGAGAUGUGAUAUGAAGCUACUUCUACAUGAAAAUUGCAAUCUAGAGCUUCCAUAGAAAUGUCACCGGAAGUGUCUCCUGACUCAUUUUUAAUAUUCAAAGGACAUUAGGAUCUAAAAUAAUAUGCUGUUAAUUGUACAUUUGCACAUGUAUGUAUGUUUGGCUCAUUACUCAUUUACUCCUUGAGUGAAUGCUGUGUGUGUUGACUGAGAUUCAUGUGUGAUCUGUGUGCUUCUGGUGUAUGCAUUGUACAUAAUGAAAUCUGUUUUGCUGGAAAUUCCUGGUUCUUACUAUAUCAGAGGAAUGAUCUAUUUGACUCUGAGAAAAAGAUCAUCAAAUUUUGAUAAACUUUAAAAACUUGGCUAUUUAGAAGAAA